AUGCAUUUGCAUAAAAAUCCGGGCCCUAAUAAUUACCAUAUGAAAAUUAUGGAAAAAGAAAAAGCUCAUUGGCGUAAUGUUUUAUUAAGAAUUCUUGCCGCAAUACAGUAUUUAGCCAAAAAUAAUGAUGCUUUAAGAGGAAGUUCAGAUGUCUUAUAUGAGAAAAAUAAUGGUAAAUUUUUAGGCAUUAUAGAAAUGUUGGCUAAAUUUGAUCCGGUCAUCUCUGAACAUGUACGUCGUAUUAAAGGCAACGAGACGUGA